ACAAAAUGUCCAGGAAUUCAGUUGCACACUUAACCCUAAAGCCUCGUACAUACACAGUAAAGGAGCUUGGGCUGGCACUUCAGAGAAGAAAACUGGAGUAUUAUGAAAUCCCUGAUUUCAACCAAUUCGUUAAAUUUGAUGAUCGGAUAAACUAUAAGUCUAAAGACUUGAAAUCUCAGAUCAAACUGUUAAAGUACCCCUUAGCUGCUACAGAGGAUAGAGCUGACUCUAAACCUAGCAUGAGAUUCAAGUGAUAUUCCAAAGGAGAUCUCAAGAAAAUUAUACGGAAAAAAAAUAACCCAAUGCUACAAAAGAGAGUUAAUGAACUCAAAUUUUGAUUGGAAAAACGCAUUACCUUUAGUGGCAUGAGGACUACUGCAGGAAGUAUGCUCACUUUAGAUCCUUGAUGAACAUCAAGGAAUGGUUGAAACUCUAAUUCUCAUUCUCAGUUUCAGAGUCAUACAACUGAGCUAGCUCAAGGAAAGGAUAUGAGACAGUGGUCUUUAAUAGCAUAUAACUGGCUAUUCAAGAGAACUACACCUCAAAAUAGCACUAUGCAACCCAAACUGUUUCGAUCAAUAAGUUGCUCAGUUCUAGAAAAGCAUACAAAAGUGGAAGGACUAAAUCCUAAACUAGGUAAACCACAGGAGAAACUGUCCAAAUUGAAUAAAGUAGAGCAACCAAAACUAUCCUCAAAGAAAGGAAACCUAAUCAAAAAGACUUUAUUUGACUGAUCUUCCUUUUCAUGGAAAAAGAAAUUUAGCUUCGGACAAAGACCUAAAGGUCCUAGAAAUCAAAACAGAAAGCCAAUUUUAAUCAAGCAUAAGGAUUUUUAUGAAACAAUAGAUCCUAUAAUGCCAAGUGAGAAAGGGAUGGCAGGCUCAGAUUCUUCCAAACGGUCCCUAUUUAACGUAAAGAAUGCUAUUGUUGACUUUCUCGACAAAAAUAAAGAGAACCUUACUAACUCAAAAAGAAGAAUUGUAAAAAGUAAAAGGACACAGAGUAUAAUGAAUUAG